AUGUGGCAGACAGACAAAUCCGACGGAAUCAUCAUCUCUUACACGUUUUCUGAACAAAUACAGUACGGACAUAUGGUGUUCAACGGCGGCACUGUUCUGUCAAUAGCCCAUUUGUCGGCGGAGAUUUGGCAGCGAUUACGUCGGAUUCCACUGUCGGAUCGCAUUAGCAGCCGCGAGAUGAUUGAGCUUGUCUGCUUCUUACCGAUCCAGCAAUUGGGUCGAUUCGCUUUAUGGCUCUUGACUUUUCUAUGUCUUCCUCCUCCUCUACGUUUGCUCUAUCUCGAAGAAGACGAUCGUGAUCAAGCUUUUACUUAUGGCUCAGCUUCUGCUUCCAUCGCUACAUAUCAGAAUCACUUUCUUCUUCAUUCUGAGUGA